AUGAACAGUCGACUACAAGAAAUUCGUGAAAAGCAGAAACGUAGACGGUCUCUUUUAGCUCAGCAGCUUGGUGCUAAAAGUGCGGACUCAAUCGGAGCGGUCCUAAAUAGCAAAGAGGAACAAAAGGAGAUAGAGGAAACGAGAGAAACAUGCAGAGCUUCAUUUGACACUUCAAUCUUGUCAUCAAAAAGAAAGACACUCACUGAGGGUGAAGAGACUGAGGAAGAUGCGGAAGAACAAAAAGAAGAAAUUGAGAUACCGCAGCCUGAUGAGAGCAACCCAUAUGAGGAGGUGUACAAGGAUUCAAGCACUUUUCUUAAGGGAACACAAAGUCUAAACCCUCAUAAUGACUAUUGUCAGCACUUUGUGGACACGGGACAUAGGCCACAAAACUUUAUCAGGGAUGUAGGCCUGGCAGAUCGAUUUGAAGAGUAUCCAAAGCUGCGAGAGUUGAUUCGACUUAAAGAUGAGCUCAUUUCGAGUACCAACACUCCACCAAUGUACCUCCAAGCUGACCCAGAGAACUUUGAUCUGCAAGAUUUGAAAUGUAAAUUCGAUGUCAUCCUACUAGAACCUCCUUUGGAAGAAUACUACAGAGAGUCUGGCAUCAGCCACACAGAGCGGUUUUGGACAUGGGAUGAUAUUAUGAAGUUGGAAAUUGAAGAGAUAUCAGCUCUUCGCUCGUUUGUGUUUCUGUGGUGUGGGUCUGGAGAAGGAUUAGAUCUCGGAAGAAUGUGUUUGAGAAAAUGGGGAUUUAGACGAUGUGAAGAUAUCUGUUGGAUAAAGACAAACAAGAACAACCCUGGCAAGACAAAGGCACUGGACCCCAAAGCAGUGUUCCAAAGGACCAAAGAGCACUGUUUGAUGGGAAUCAAAGGCACUGUUCGUAGAAGCACCGAUGGUGAUUUCAUCCAUGCCAAUGUUGACAUUGACCUUAUCAUCACAGAAGAACCUGAGAUGGGAAAUGUAGAGAAACCAGUAGAGAUCUUCCAUAUCAUUGAACAUUUCUGUUUGGGACGGAGGAGGUUGCACUUGUUUGGAAGAGACUCCACUAUAAGGCCAGGCUGGCUCACAGUUGUACAGAGGAAAUUGAGCGUCUGCGUCCUAAAUCUCCAGCUAAACUCAAGUCCGACCGAGGUGGUGGGGCUCCUAGAGGAGGUCGUGGUGGGCCCAACACUGGAAGAGGAGGAGAUAGAGGACGAGAAAGAAACCGACCAAAUUUCCGUGGUGAUCGGGGUGGCUUCAGGGGUAGAGGAGGUCCACACAGGGGAUUUCCACCACGUUAGAUAA